UGAGGCGCUAUGACAACGGGAGCAAAAAUGGCGGCGGGCAGAGCUGGCUAGAGAAUACCUGAGGCGUUCUUUCCCAUAUACCAACAGAACCCCGCCCCCCAUUUCUUCCUUGUAAUAACAGCUUCUGCUUGGUGUAUCCCCCCUCCCGCUCCCCUAUCCAUCUCUCUCUCUAUUUGCUUAUCUCCCUCAUGGGUCCCGUUAGCAUCCUCAUGCCCCAAAGGUAGCGCCGCGAUAGGUUGCUUGUGACAAGGACGCCGGCGCCCUGUCUCGGUCCCCCUGACAGGCGAGGAGAAGAAAAGGGUUUCCAAAUGCUGGGAAACGUCAGGGCUGAAGGAGAAUGUCUUUAUUUAAAGCCCGUGACUGGUGGUCUACAGUGGUGGGCAACAAAGAAGAAUUUGAUCAAGGAUGCUUAUGUGUUGCAAAUGUUGACAAUAGCAGCAGUGGACAAGAUAAAAUAAUUGUGGGAAGUUAUACAGGGUUCCUUAGAAUCUACAACCCCCAUCCUAUAAAACCUGGAGAUGCUGUGCAAGCUGAAGAUUUGCUCUUGGAAGUGCAGUUACCUGAGCCAAUACUUCAAGUGGAAGUAGGAAAAUUUGUUUCUGGUAUAGAACUGUUACAUCUGGCUGUAUUACAUCCUAAAAAAUUGUGUGUGUAUGCUGUCUCAGGAAGCCUGGGAAACAUUGACCAUGGGAACCAAUAUCAGCUAAAGCGUAUGUAUGAACACAAUCUUCAGAGAACAGCCUGCAACAUGACUUACGGGCCAUUUGGAGGCAUAAAAGGUCGUGACUUGAUCUGUAUACAGUCUGUGGAUGGAAUGCUUAUGUUAUUUGAACAAGAAAGCUAUUCAUUUGGCCGUUUUCUACCUGGUUUUCUUCUUCCUGGUCCACUGACAUAUAGCUCUCGAACAGAUUCUUUCAUUACCGUCUCUUCCUGUCGGCAAGUUGAGAGUUACAAGUACCAAGUGCUUGCAUUUGCAAAAGAUGCUGAGACCCAAGAAAAUGAGCAACAAAAGCGUGGGUCAGGAAAAAGGCUUGUGGUGGACUGGGUUUUAAACAUUGGAGAACAAGCGUUGGAUAUAUGUGUUGUUUCCGUCAAUCAACUUGUUUCCAGUGUGUUUGUGCUUGGGGAAAGAAACUUCUUUUGCCUUAAGGAUAAUGGACAAAUUCGAUUCAUUAAAAAGCUUGACUGCAGCCCAAGUUGCUUUCUUCCAUAUUCAGUGUCUGGAGCUGUAGUUAACACACUAAUUGGAAACCACAGUAGCAUUCUACACGUUUAUCAAGAUGUGACUCUAAAGUGGGCAGCUCAGCUUCCCCACAUUCCUGUGGCAGUAAGAGUGGGGAAAUUACUAGAUUUGAAAGGUGUGAUAGUCACACUGAGUGAUAGUGGUGAUCUACAAUGCUCCUACCUUGGUACAGAUCCAUCUUUAUUUCAAGCUCCAAAAGUUGAGGCUCGGGAUAUAAAUUAUGAAGAAUAUGAUGCAGAAAUGAAUAAACUUCAGAAAAUCAUUAAAGAAGCCAGAAAAAUCAACGACAUUGUGCCUAAAAUGGGAAAAAAUGAAGAUUUUGCACUUCUUGUGACGGUCUCACCUGAUCUUGAUUCAGCGUCUCAAGCCAUUGACAGUGAAGUAAAAGCAGAGGUGGUUCCUUCUGUGACAGUAAAGAUCACUGUGGAGGGCAAACAGCUGACACUUGCAAAAUUAUCAAUAUGUGUUCAACCUCCUUUAGCUUUGACUCAUGACAAAUUCACCUUGAAAUUAGAGUCAUCUGUAUCUAAAACAGUUGUACUCUCUGCCUUUCUAAAGGGGAAUAUCUCACCAGCAGAUCUGGAAGGUACCGCUCUAGCUUCAUAUAACACAGCAACAGGUGCACCAAGAGUUUCCCAGUGCAAAUUUCGAUUACCAUUGCGGUUAGUUUGCGCUCCAGCUCAUCCUUCAAAGACAGCAAACCAGAAGUUAACUAUUGAUACCAACAAGCCUCCAGUCAGCCUUGUUACCCUUUUCCCAGACUUUGCUGAUCAGGCUGAUGAAGACCAGCUAAAUGCUUUAGGGUUUCAAUUAUUAGGUGGCUCCCGAGUCACAUUACUUGCUUCAAAAACAUCGCAGCGUUACAGAAUUCAAAGUGAGCAGUUAGAAGACCUUUGGCUAAUUGUGAAAGAACUCACUGUUCGUCUUGAAGAACAUUUUAGGAAACAAAACUGCAAAGACUUUGCAUGUACUUUUUCUGGCCCAAUACCCUUACAAGAAUAUUUUGAAAUUAUUGAUCAUCAUUUUGAGCUGCGCUUGAAUGCUACUAAAUAUGAGCAACUAUUAUCUGAACGAGCCAUACAGUUUAGAGCUAUUGAACGGCGACUGCUGACACGGUUUAAAGAUAAAACCCAAGCUCCUCUACAACAUCUGGACACCUUGUUAGAGGGAACUUACAGACAGGUAAUAGCUCUAGCAGAUGCAGCUGGAAAAAAUGAAGCCAAUAUGUUCCAGGCGUUCACAAAGUUAAAAAGUGCCACCCAGCUGGUAAUUCUGCUGAUUAGCCUGUGGCAGAAACUGAGUGCUGACCAAGUUUCUAUUCUACAAGCUACAUUCUUGCCAUUAACACAGGAUACUCAAGAGCUGGGCUGGGAAGAAACUGUGGAUGCUUCUGUCUCUCACUUGUUGAAAACGUGUUUGUCCAAGAGUUCGAAAGACCACACGCUGACACUGACCAAUCAGUUGUGUAUCCCCAAGGACACCAGUAAACUGAAGAAACACAUAACCUUGCUCUACGAUAGAUUGGCCAAAGGGGGUCGGAUGUCUCUAAAUACAGACUUUGACUCUCAGCAAACGAUGAUUCCAGCAGGUGCCUGUACUACCAUCCCAGAGGAAAGACCACCCUCACCAGACACUACAACAUUGUUUACCAACCACAGGCACCUCACCAAGAAGGAGACUGAAACUGACCCUGAGAUCAUCUUCCGAGGCCCUUCUUUGUGUGCCUCCUCCUUGAGAGGUCUGGAGGGUAGCAACACGAGAGCACGGCCUUCUCUGCAGUGGUUCCCCAUCUGUGGAAUGAUCUCCCCAGGGAAAUUUGCCACAGGAUGAAUUACAGGAAGCAGAAAAGCCAUGAAAAGCACAAGGGAACCCUCAGGAGGAUUUUUAAAAUCUGUGCAUUUACAAUCCAGCAGGAACAAUUUAUUUUCCUCUGUAGUGAACACAACCAACCUCAAGAAGGAAGUCCACUAACAGUGCAAAACGCUUACAAUUGCAUCCAGGCACUUGGCUAUCCCUUACUUUGACACACUUUCUUAUUAACAGGUUCUGGACUACUUACCAAGCAGUCAUAUAAGUGCUCUUUAGAAAUUCUGAUGAUUGAUCAAAGACUUUAUAUACCAAGAAAUGCACGUUUGCACACAAACAUUUCAUGCAUAUAUCUCAAUUUUUAGGCCUCUCACUGCCCAGUCUGACUUGAGGAUUGUUAAUUUUGCCCUAAUGUUACAUCUUUGAUAAAAGUUAACAAUCUCCCUGUCCCCCUUCAGCUAAUGAACUAUGUUACUGGACUUACCAUUUAAUAUCCUCAAUACAUGUUUCCCUUUUCCGGCUCCCUCCUGAUGUUAUUCUUGAUAGUAAAAUCUUCAAACCUGGCUUUUGGAAGUCCUGAAACUCAGGAAUAUAAAAAUGAGACUGGUUUAAUUAUUCAUUUAUGCCUCAACCAAAUAUUUUACAGAAUUCCAAAAUCUGAUAUACAUCUGGUGGGCAGAUUCAGAGAGUGGAUUUUAUUUUAACUAUGUAACUUCAUUGCACAUAUCUGCCAGUCUCAACUUUCAGGGUUCAAUCCUAAAAUGUUGGUGUUUGGAUAUGAAAUAGCAGAUUUCAUACAAUCUUGAGUUUGAGAGUUGCAGCCCUAAAACGUCAGGCGUUGGCUCUAAAAUUGAGUAUUUUAUAUAUGAUAAUGUGCACAAGAAAGCAUUUGAAAGGACUAGUGACAUCAAGAUGAAAAUAGGGUUAAUUCAGGAACAUGUACCAUUGUGUGAAAAUAACUCAGGUCUGGCUCCAACACUACAUGCUUUAAGGCAUAUGCUUCUACUUUUGUUUUGGUCUAGUUGGUGCACCACAGAUUACAAAAUGAAGAAGCCACUGAAAGUAUCUAUCAAGGAUUGGGUGCAGAGAUAAGUACCAACUGACCCACCUCAGAGUAAGCAUAUACUGUUGGCAAGGACUAAGUUAUGGGCAAAAUACAGCCUGUUAAUCGCUUUAAAAUAAGCAUCUGCUUAACUCUUCCACUGAAAUAAAUGGGACUUAAAUAUACUUUAUUCGGGCUGGAUCAUGCCCAAUGUCAUUGUCAUUUCUUCCAUUUUGGGUCCUGUGAAAAAUCACUACAUGAUUACCAUUUUUCAUUGUAUAAUUUUGUCUUCUGCAAAAUUGGGCACAUUUCCAAUUCAUCUUUUUCUUUGGCCUGUGAAUACAGGAGGAGAAAGCAUCUCAGUCUUAUCUCUGUCACUUUGUCUGUAAACUGGCUUGUUUUGAAUGUUCUGCUCACCCCCUAGCAUCCACUUCCUGUUUGUAUUCGGUCAGAUCAGGGUUAGGGUAGCCUAUUUGCAGUGGCUGAUUUAGUAUUCAGCUGCAAUAGUGCUAUAAAGUGAAGUUGUAUCUGUCCCGUUUUUUGCUAACUUAAGUUUUUUUCUGGUAACUCACAUUGUAACUGUAGACUCUUGGCUAGCCAGGUGCUCAUAUUUAGGUUUCUGUCCCUCUGCCCAUAGAGGCCUUUGGGGGGGGGGAUGUAUUUGGGACUAAACCCAAAUCAGUGGUGCAGAUUUGCUUAGUGUUAGUUUGUGCAAUAUUGCAACCUUUGGAUUGGAAGUAACAGUUCAGUGUUGGCUGCCCCAGAUCUCAUUCUGAUGCAAGAGAAUGGUUUGCAUUAUAGCAUCAACACACUUUGGGCAAGCUUUUAUUUGUGUGUCAUAUCUCUUUAGAUGCUGCUUUGUUCUCUUCCUGCUGCUGGAUCUUUGUUUCAAGAUGGCUGGCACAGUUUAACAUGUAUUUAAUGGUGAGGGCCUCAUCUUGAGGGUGUGUGGGUAGGACCCAGAUUUUAGGCUACAUUCCUUCCUACGCAUUUUCCUGCAGGAGAAAGUUGGAAACUCAUGAAAUGGACCUGUUGUGUAUUAACGGGAAGCACGUGUGUGUAUCUCUUUCCCUGUUUCAGGGACCACUGAACAUCCAGGGGGAACUAAUCAAUUCCCUAAGCUCUUCAGUUUAAACAUUAAACACAGUUCUAAAAUCCUCUUUUGUGGUCACAGUUCUCUUCCAGAUAAUUCUGAUAAAAUGUCCUAUUUUGCCACUCUUUAUUGUUG